AUGGCUGACCUCAACGAGAAAGCUACUUUCGACCAUGCCUCGCUUAAGGGUGCUGAGUCUACCGUGGAGCAGACACCUGAGGAGUCAGAGGCUACCAAGAAGCUUUUGCGGAAGUGCGAUCUUCGUUUAAUUCCUCCCCUGAUGGUCAUAUUUUUCCUUUCCUUUAUGGAUAGAACCAACAUCGGCAACGCAAAGAUCCAAGGAAUGUCAGAGGAUCUCAAGAUGACUGGCAGCGAUUACAAUAUGGCACUCUUCGUCUUCUUCAUUCCCUACAUCAUCUUUGAAGUCCCAUCCAACAUCAUGAUCAAGAGGAUAUCGCCAUCUCUUUGGCUUGCUGGAAUUACCGUUCUUUGGGGUAUUUCUACUGUCGGCAUGGGCCUUGUCAAUAAUGUCCAAGGUCUCAUCGCAUGUCGAGUACUGCUCGGCUUCUUUGAAGCCGGUAUUGUUCCAGGCUGCAUCUACCUUAUCAGCAUGUACUACAGACGCUACGAAGUCCAAUGGCGUAUGUCUCUCUUCUUCAGCGCCGCUAUCCUGGCAGGUGCCUUUUCUGGCCUUUUGGCGUUCGCCAUUGCCAAGAUGCAUGAUGUCGGCGGUCUUGAAGCAUGGCGCUGGAUCUUUAUCCUCGAGGGCAUUCUCACGGUGGUUGUCGGUGUCAUUGCCAAAUGGUGGAUCCCCGAUUGGCCAGAGACAGCUUCGUUCCUCAGCGACGAAGAACGAUCCAGACUUGUCGCUCGACUAGCUGAUGACUCGGGCGAUGCAAAGAUGAGCCAUCUCAAUAAGGCAGCCUGGAAGAGAAUCUUGACCGACUGGAAGAUCUAUCUCGGCACUCUGGCAUACUUUGGUAUCGUCAACAACGGAUAUGCUGGCUCGUUUUUUAUCCCGACUAUCCUCCGAGAGAUGGGCUACGCCGCCGAGCGCGCACAAGUCCUUACGAUCCCAGUAUACAUCGUCGCAACUAUAGGCUGUCUCUCAGCCGCAUACCUCGCCGACCGUAUGCGUCAUCGCUACGGCUUCACCAUGUUCGGAGUCGUAAUGACAAGCAUUGGCUACAUCCUCCUUCUCCUCCAACACCAAGUGCCCACUGCAGCACGAUACUUUGCCCUAUUCCUCCUCGUCACAGGUGGCUACAUCACACAGCCCGUCCUUCUUGGAUGGUUAUCCAACACCAUGGGCGGACACUACAAACGCUCCAUUGCUUCAGCUGCACAGGUUGGCUUUGGUAAUCUUGGCGGUAUCGUCGCUUCGAAUGUGUAUCUUACGCGUGAGGCGCCUGAGUACUGGACCGGCCUUGGGGUUAGUCUUGGUAUGGUAUGGAUUUGCGGUAUUUCUUGUACGGCGUUCUAUUUCCUUGCGAUUAGGGAGAAUAAGAAGAGGGAUCGUGGGGAGAGAGAUCAUAGACUUCAGGGUGCAGAUGCUGAUAAUCUGGGCGAUGACCAUCCUCACUGGAGAUAUGCCACUUAG